UUACAAAUCAAACACGAUUUGAAAGUUACAUUUCCUGUUUUCAAUACGCCAACCACACGGUGGGCGGCUUGUUUUCUAAACCUCACAGGAAGAGAUGAACGACAUUGUAACAAACGUUUGUCUGAAUAACAAACUUAGAUGAAUAUAAACCGAUAUAACGUAUGGUAUAAGACCUCAAAUGUGGGGUAAAAAAAGAUUACUUGGGCCCUUUUAGCACUACCAGGCGCGGUGGCCAAGUGGUAAGGCGUCGGUCUCGUAAACCGAAGAUCGCGGGUUCGAACCCCGUCCGUGCCUUUGGUGUUGUGGGUAUGGCAAUAUUUUUGAUACAAUCUUAUUGUGUGAAUCUACUUAAAUAAUCUACCUCACAGAAUGAAAAUGAAUUUCGGAAAAGACGGCAACAUGUGUGUAAUAACAAUAACAAUAUAACAAUGGCGCUACUGUUUGUAGGCGUUGUCUGCAUUUUAUUGUUUCAAAACUCGCCGCACUACAUUCUCCACGCACUUACUCAUUUACUGUACUCCGUAAAGCAGUCAGCUGCCUCUUUUAGAACGAUACAAUCUACAUAAAUGUCAUGUUUGUCGAUGUGCUGAAAGACAAACAUGCUAACAUCCUGCUAACAUCCCGCUAACACCAGCUAGGAGGCUUUAGGUUGUGUACCGGGCUAGCAUUAGGACCCAGAGGAACACAAGAGCCCCCAAACAUGGCGGAGCAAAACAAGGAAGAGUCCGAGCGAAAGUUUGUCAGUGAACUAUUAAGCCCGUCUGAGCUGUUUUCAGCCAGGUCCAGGAGCCACAAGAUCCCCGUCAGAGGCCAGAAAGACUUCUACCCCAACGACUCCCCCGAGCAGCAGCAGAGGCUCCAGCAGACCUUAAAGGAGCACUGGAGUCUGGUGUCGGAGGAGAGAGUGGAGAGGCUGGGAAACCUGGUUAAGGCCACGUGGAUUCCAAGCGAGCAGAUUGUGGAACUUCAGUCUCCGGCGGGCAAGUUCUGGCACACCAUGGGAUUUUCCGCCGGCGGCAAGCAGUGUCUCCUCCCUGAAGAGGCGCUCUAUCUGAUGGAGUGUGGAAGUGUGCAGGUGUUCUACCAGGACCUCCCGCUGUCCAUCCAGGACGGCUACGAGAGGUUCCUGUCCUCCAGCACCGUGAGCCUGCAGCAGUAUCAGGUGUAUGGGCAUCUGAAGAGGCUGGGCUUCGUGGUGCACAGGUUCGAUGCCAGCUCGGAGCCGUCUUCCUACGCCCGACAGCUGAACCUGCCGCAGUCACGUGACCGAGCAGGAAGGCCGCUGAAGAGGAAGCGCAGCGACAGCCCCUCCCAGUCCGCCUCAUGCAGCCACGCAGAAACACAAGAUGAGCCCCCUGUUAAGAGUUCGGAAGCAGAAGAAGGAAAAAAACUUCCCGAGUCACAUCUACCAACCUCGGGGGGCCAGAGCGCUCUGCCAGAUCAAAGCGGGGGUCGGCCCUGGUGGCUGACAGACCCCGUGGGCGGCAGUGGCGGCGGCGAGGCCGACGAACGCACCCAUAGUCGUUCCUCACGCUGGGAUCACUCCAUCGAGUUCCCGGACCUGGGCUCCCUGCAGCUCUCCUCCAGACGCUUGGCCGCCCCUGACCCGUGUCUGCUGCCCGGAGCUCUUACCGUGGGCUGGUGCGACAUCAGGCCCUGGAUGAGCAGAAUCAACCAGCGUGCCGUGAAGGAGAGCGCGAGGGACAAUCCCGGACGUCGCUGGGACGUCAACAGAGACGAGAAGGUGCGACAGUGCAGGAACUGGGCGGAAUACCAGCAGCUUCUUGCCAGACGGCGGAGGCCCGCCCGACCCGAACACUUGUGGGAGAAGGAAGUUGCUCCUUUACACGACCCGACGCAGCCCAUCUCAACAGGCGAACUGUUGGACAAAAUCAGCCUGAUCAAGUCCACGCAUCUGCUGGAGGGAGCGUCCAGCAUAAAGGCCUCGGAUCAGUGGAGGAUCCGUUUCAGUGUUUACCAGCCUGACACGGUGGCUGACUUCAAGAAGAGCGACCCGGGGAAGCCCUACGUCCGCAUGUGCGUGUGCAGCUUCAACGGGCCCACGCCGGACCUGCGGGCCAUCAAGCAGCUGACCUUCCAGAGCGGCGACAUCCCGGUGGUGUUUGCUGUGGUGGACUACGGGGACAUCUCCUUCUACACCUGCAAGGACUUCCAGCUACCCAAAGACGUCCACAACUGACCCCUCCCAAAUGUCGCUCAAUGUUGCUUUAUCUUUGCCAUGGUUGACGUUCGCGGUCGGGGAUGAAAAUGUCUUUCCGUACAAUAAAUGUUGACCAGAUGGAUGGUGACAGCAAUCAUGCAGCUGUCCGCCCGUGUUUGUACAU